AUGCCUCCUGGACCAUUUCCAUACCCUAUCGUUGGCAAUACCUUCCAACUGCCCGAUAACAAGCCGUGGUUGUACCUUGAAGAACUCUCCAAGAAGUACAAUACGCCUCUUAUCACGUACUGGAUUGGACGUAACCCCACCGUAUGGAUCAACGAUGCUUGGACUGCCAACGAGCUGCUGGAUAAGAGAGCAGGCAUCUACUGUUCACGACCUCGCAUGCUCGUAUUCGCAGAACUUGGAUCUGGCCAAAGUAACCUUGUCAACCUUAUCACCACCACACCGGCUCAGCGCGAGCGCUUCAGAAUGUUGCGCAAGUUGACGCAUCAGGGUGUCGGAAUCCAGCAAGUGAAGAAGUACCGCAACUUUCAGAAUGAUGAGAGCAAAGUAGUUGCACUCGACUUGCUCAGUAGCCCUGAGAAAUACGUAGCGCACUUUGAGCGAUAUGCGACGAGCGUGGUAUCAAUCAUUGGCUUUGGAAGACGAGUGGCGAGCCAUGAGGAUCCGAUCAUCACCGAAGUCAUUGCCUUGAUGCAUCGCGCCGCUGAUCUGAAUGUACCAGGCAAGACGUUCCCUAUGCUCAUGGAAACCUUUCCAGCACUUGCACGAGUACCAACAGAAUACGCACCCUGGAAACACGGUAUGGGCUCCAAGAAGAAGUCGCAUCGUGGUUUCGACUUCUUUUACUCUCUUGCGAGCGAGGCAAAUGAGAAAUCUGGCCACGAGGACUGUUAUGCAAAGAUGCUGUUCCGCGAGAAGGACAAGUACGGUUUGAACGAAAGAGAGAUUUCUUCCUUGGCCGGCAACUUGUUUGGCGCUGGAUCGGACACUUCAAGUAGCACGCUCAUCACGGCUGUUCUUGGCAUGCGAGCUUUCCCGGAGACUUUGCAGGCGGCAUGGGAAGAACUAGAUCGUGUCGUCGGUCCCGAUCGAAGCCCCUCGUUUGAGGAUAAUGCGAACCUGCCUUAUAUGCGCGCCUUCGUCAAAGAAGUGUUCCGGUGGCGUUCUGUGGCCAUCAUCGGUGGACAGCCACACGCACCAGUCGAAGAUGACUAUUACAACGGAUACUUGAUUCCAAAAUCGACUUGGGUUCAAGGCAACGUAUGGGCAAUACACCACAACGAACGCGAAUUUCCAGAUCCUGACCGCUUCAACCCAAACCGUUUCUUGAAAGGCCACCCAGACUCGCGACCGUUCCCGGGUGAGCGGGGAUACAUGACUUUUGGCUGGGGUCGUCGAGUGUGCUCAGGUCAAGCGCUCGCGGAACAAGGCACAUGGCUGACGGUUGCCCGGCUCGUAUGGGGUUUCAAGAUCGAACCAGCACUUGACGGAAACGGAAACCCGAUUCCGGUUGAUAUUUUUGAUUACACGAACGGACUAAACAUGCGCCCACAGCCCUUCAAAGUCAGCAUCAAGCCACGAAGCGAGAGGAUACGCGAGGCAAUUAUGCGAGAGGGAAAGCAGGCGUUGGUAGAUCUUGCGCCGUAUGAGGUGUAG